AUGGGGACACCAGGACACGGGGGUCUGGGGGACACCACUGGUGGGGGGGUCCCGCAGCAAAGGAGGCCCCCCCAUUUCUGGGGGGUUGCCCUUUGCCGCGGGGGGGGGGGUCCCUAUAUCAGGGGCUUCCCCGUUUCCGGGGGGGUUCCCCCCGUUUCCCCGGGACGGGGGUGGGUGUGUGUGUCCCCGUUUCAGGGGGUUCCCCAUCACCGGGGGGGUGUCGCCGUUGCAGGGGGGUCCCCCGGAGCAGGGGGGUCCCCCGGAGCAGGGGGGUCCCCGGAAGAGGAGGGGUCCCCGGAGCAGGAGGGCUUCUUCUCGCUGCUGAGCUCGGUGCAGGGGGGGCGCAUGGACGAGCAGCGCUGCAGCCUGGGGGGGGCCCGGCGGUGAGGGGGGGGCGCGGGGGGGCGAGCGGUGAGGGGGGGCCCGCCCCCCCCCGAGCUGGCGGCGCUGCUGGAGCUGCUGGCGAGCACCCAGGGGCGCCGCAUGGACGAGCAGCGCCUGCCCGUGCCCCGCCUGCCCGGCUUCGGGGGCGGCAAGGACUGAACCCCCGGCGGUGCCACCGCCCCCACCCCGUCCCCGAGCCCGCGACGUCCCCCCGCGCCCCCCCCCCGCGCCCCCCCCGCCUGUCACCCCCCAAUAAACCCC